AAUACGUAAGUGCACUGAACGUAAAUUUGACUUUGACCAUGAGUGGUGCGGAUCCUGCCCAUUUCUAGCUUUACACGAGAAAUUCUUCCAUUUCUUGGAAGACUCCCCAGGCCGGAAAACAUUACCCACCCUGGCGGCUUCAACGGGCACGUGUGGACGGCUGUUUAUCAAGGUAUAGCAUUAUCUCGUCGAGUCAGAAUCCCAGCUUAUGAACACUGUACGCCUCUGCCGUAGCCGAGAGACGUACCUCACGUCCUUAACCGUAUAGAUUUUGCUCCAAGAUGGAUCUCCUCCGUAUACCGUCCACCGUUACCGACCGAAUUCGACCCUACGCCCGAGAGACCUUGGCCAAACUGAAAAGAUUUGUCGAAGAGGACUGUGUACCCGCCGAUGAUGUGUUUGAGAGCCAGCUGGGCUGGAACCCAGAAGAGAGGGCUAGAACAAUCCCUCCGAUCCUCAACGAAUUGAAGAAGAAAGCCCGCGAGCUAGGUCUGUGGAAUCUGUGGCUGCAUUCACACUAUGAGGGCGGGGCCGGCUUCACAAAUCUGGAGUAUGCUCUCAUGUGCGAGACAAUGGGCAGAAGCCGGAUUGCACCGGAGGCCACGAACUGCAGUGCACCAGACACAGGAAAUAUGGAAGUACUAGCCAAAUAUGGGACGAAGGAGCAGAAGGAGCAAUGGCUAAAGCCGUUAUUGGAGGGGGAGAUCAGAUCCUCGUUUGUGAUGACCGAAAGGCAGCAAGCUUCAUCGUAUGCGAAAAAUGUUUCAAUGUCAAUGCGGCGCGAAGGUGAUGAGUACGUGCUGAAUGGAACGAAAUGGUGGAUCAGCAGUGCUGCGGAUCCUAGAAACAAAUUGUGGAUCGUCUUUGCCAAAUCUAACCCGGGCGAACCCGACGAGAACAAGCAGCACAGCGUGAUCCUCGUCAGUCCGCAAUCUCCUGGUGUCAAGAUCUUACGAACACUCCAUGUGUACGGCUUUGAUGAUGCGCCGCUCAACCACUGCGAGGUCGAGUUGAGGUCUGUUCGCGUACCUCUCUCGAACAUCAUUCUUGGUGAAGGCCGUGGAUUUGAAGUUAUGCAAGGCCGCAUGGGUCCAGGGCGUAUUCACCACUGUAUGCGUGCCAUUGGGGGCGCAGAACGAGGAUUGGAAUACAUGAUUGCACGCGCUAACAGUCGUCAAAUCAACGGAAAUCCCCUUUCCAAUCAAGGUGUUAUUGCAGAUUGGAUUGCUCGGUCACGGAUCGAGAUUGAUGCUGGGCGAAUGCUUGUGCUCGACGCAGCUGACAAGAUCGAUCGGGGCAAUGCAAAGCUUGCUAUGGCAGAAAUUGCGAUGUCAAAGAUCUUUGUGCCUAACAUGGCAUUGACAGUUCUUGAUCGAGCAAUUCAAACCCAUGGUGCCGGAGGCAUAUGCCAGGAUUUCCCUCUCGCAAGGAUCUGGGCUUACCUAAGGACGACGAGAAUAGCAGACGGCCCAGAUGAAGCUCACGUGGCGCAACUUGCACGACUCGAAUCCCGAGGAGCCAAGGAGUUGAUUAGCAAGAUCGAGCAACAGGAGAAGGCUACGGAGAGCUUGAUGGACUUGUAUAAGGAUUCCGCACGGCCACGGUUAUAGUUUGCUUUGUGGGCAAAGGAUCUGAUCCAUACUGGACAGGCCGAGUCUGCCAUGCUUCUAGAGCAUGGUGGUCAUCAUUUACAGUAGAUUCAGAGUGUAAAGCAGCUAGAAACGUACACAACCCCCCAACUAUUUCCGCAACGCAGCGAUUAAUGGA